AUGGCCGUUGAACAAGUCUCCAGUGUCUUCGACACCAUCUUAGUAUUAGAUUUCGGUUCCCAAUACUCUCAUCUCAUCACUAGAAGAUUGAGAGAAUUCAACAUCUAUGCGGAAAUGCUACCAUGCACUCAAAAGAUUUCCGAGCUAUCAUGGAAACCAAAGGGUGUCAUCUUAUCUGGUGGUCCAUACUCUGUCUACGCUGAAGAUGCUCCACAUGUCGACCAUGAUGUUUUCAAAUUGAACGUCCCUAUCCUAGGGAUCUGUUACGGUAUGCAAGAAUUAGCUUGGAUUAACGGGAAGCAAGUCGGUCGUGGUGAAAAGAGAGAAUAUGGUCCUGCCACUUUGAACGUCCUCGACAAAUCUGACCCAUUAUUCGCCAACAUCGACCAUUCUACCGUCUGGAUGUCUCAUGGUGAUAAAUUACAUGGGUUACCAACUGGAUUUAAGACCAUCGCCACUUCUGAUAACUCUCCAUACUGUGGUAUCGUCCAUGAAAAGGAACCAAUUUACGGUAUCCAAUUCCAUCCAGAAGUCACACAUUCCACUCAAGGUAAACAAUUAUUGAAGAAUUUCGCUGUCAACUUGUGUCAUGCUAACCAAAACUGGACUAUGGAAAACUUCAUCGAGACUGAAAUUCAAAGAAUUAGAGAUCUUGUGGGUCCAACCGCUGAAGUCAUCGGUGCUGUCUCUGGUGGUGUCGACUCCACUGUCGCCUCCAAAUUAAUGACUGAAGCUAUCGGUAACAGAUUCCAUGCUAUCUUAGUUGAUAAUGGUGUCUUGAGAUUGAAUGAAGCUGCUACCGUUAAGAAAACUUUGGUAGAAGGUUUGGGUAUCAAUUUGACUGUUGUGGAUGCAUCUGAAGAAUUCUUGUCCAAAUUGAAGGGUGUCACUGAUCCAGAAAAGAAGAGAAAGAUUAUUGGUAACACUUUCAUUCAUGUCUUUGAAAGAGAAGCUGAAAAGAUUAAGCCAAAGGAUGGCCAAGAAAUUCAAUAUUUAUUACAAGGUACUUUAUACCCAGAUGUCAUUGAAUCCAUCUCCUUCAAGGGUCCUUCUCAAACUAUUAAGACUCAUCAUAACGUCGGUGGGUUAUUAGAUAACAUGAAACUUAAAUUGAUUGAACCAUUAAGAGAAUUAUUCAAAGAUGAAGUCAGACAUUUAGGUGAAUUAUUGGGGAUCUCCCACGAAUUAGUUUGGAGACAUCCAUUCCCAGGUCCAGGUAUUGCCAUUCGUGUCCUAGGUGAAGUUACCAAGGAACAAGUUGCCAUUGCUAGGAAGGCCGAUUACAUUUACAUUGAAGAAAUUAGAAAGGCUGGUCUAUAUGAUAAGAUCUCUCAAGCCUUUGCAUGUUUACUUCCAGUUAAAUCUGUCGGUGUCAUGGGUGAUCAAAGAACUUACGAACAAGUUAUUGCAUUAAGAGCCAUUGAAACUACUGAUUUCAUGACUGCUGAUUGGUAUCCAUUUGAACACAGCUUCUUGAAGAAGGUUGCUUCUAGAAUCGUCAAUGAAGUGGAUGGUGUUGCUAGAGUUACAUAUGAUAUUACUUCUAAGCCACCUGCUACCGUUGAAUGGGAAUAG